AGCUGCGCUGUCAUUAGCUGUGGGCAAAAAAAAACCAACGCGUUCGCUUCUCUUUUGGAAUUUAUGUUACUGUAACAAGGCUCGCUUUUGUGUUUCACUUGGAAAAACUUUUAAGAUUUCGGAUAGAAUAAUGUCAACAGUGCGUUAAUGCCGCUAAUUGUUAUAAUAACAGCAAGUUCAAUGUUAUUUUACGGGAAGAAUAAGUCUUUCUACGGAUCAAUAUCCCGCCCGCUGAAAUGUCUCCGUAGCGUCACUGCAAAUGGAGACAAAGUCUGGCGUAGGAAUUACUGACCACUGGAUGAAAAGUAUGAUGGAGCCGGCCGGCAGCGACAAACAAGUACAGAACGACAACAGAUCCUCAGUGAAACGCGAGAAGAUGGCAGAAGCUUACAACGGACAAGACAAUAUGACUUACGAGAUGCAAGUUAAGCAGCCGAGCGAGGGAAGGUACCGCUGUGACGUUUGCGACCUGGCGUUCGAAGGUAUGGAGUAUUUGAUGUUACACAAGAAGUUCCACGGGAACGACAAGGACGGCCCGGUGAUGGAGCCCGAGCCUCCGACGGCGAAAGAGGGUCCGAAGAAACGCAGGAAGUUCAAAUGCGACCAGUGCGACGUCAAGGUCAACUCGCAGUACCAUCUCGAUAUCCACCGCAGCAAGCACGAAGGUAACACUUCCAAAAAGUACAUUUGCCAAGUCUGCGAUCGCAGCUUCGUCGCCGCACAGUUCCUAAAAAGCCAUAUGCAGUCUCAUUCUGCUACCAGUACCAUAAACUGUGAGAUUUGUAACAAGAAUUUCACGGGCCAAGCGUACUUGAAACUCCACAUGCAGCUACAUAAUGAUAUAAAGAAGUUCAAAUGUUCUAAAUGCGACGAAAUGUUUCCAACGAAGAACUGUUUGAAGAUUCACAUGAAGAAACAUACGAAAGUUAAAAAUUUCAAAUGUGAUUGCUGUCACAAGUUGUUUGUGUCGAAAAUAACAAUGGAGAAGCAUCGUCAGAGUCACGAAGGGCAGCCGAUGGAUUGUCACGUUAAAUGUACUCAAUGUGAUAGAACGAUGCACUCAUCGUUGGUUCGAACUCACAUUGCUCGGGCGCAUCCUUCAACGAUUGAUGAUGAUGUUAAGAGACCUCACAAAUGUAUGACAUGUGGAAAGAGUUUUAUCGUUAAAAUCAAUCUCAACUUGCACAUCCGAGUGUGCCACCCGGACCUGGCAGAGCCAGAAGACGAAGAUGAGGAUGUAAUGACAGACAAUUCUUAGUUUUAAAUUUAGUUUAUACAUAUAAUAUCAUGUAUUAUUAAUAAAUAAUUAUACUUUUUUAUGCUAACA